AUGACGGACAUUAACUACUAUGAGCGUAUGACGGAGGUCUAUCGUUUGGACAAUACUCCAAUUUUGAUCGCUUCUGCCGUCAGCUUCAUCAUCGGCUACCUCCAGUAUACCUACGUUGUCCGGCUCACCCUACGUGAAGGAAAGGGCCCCAUGCCCUUCUGGAUGCAUUCAUUCUACCUCGCCCACGACUCGACAUGGUCCUACACCCUUGGCAAGGCCGCCUCUCAGUACGGGGAGCAUUGGUACCUGAGAGGCACGUCGGUAGCGCUCUUCCUCUGGACGAUGCUGGAAGUAUGGACUAUCCAUCGAUCCAUCACCAAAGAGCGCGAUGCCAGCUUCGGAAAUGUCCUCGGAAAGCAGCCAUCAAUUUCGGCAGCCAUUACAUACGCCCUGGCGCUGCAGAUGGGCAUGUACUCGAUUGUGCUUCUGGCCAUUGAGUUCAUGGGUGAGGGAUCCGUCAUGCAAUGGUUCUGCUUCACCAACGUCCUCAUCGUUCUUGGACCUACACAUCACUACCUGAGGGCGGGCUCCCGGCAUGGACUAUCUCUUGGCUUCUGCGUCGUCAACAUCAUCGGCACCAUCUGGACUUUUGCACCUUUCGGGUUCUUCGUGCUCACAAUUCCGGAAAUCUUCGAUCAAAAGUUGUACUAUGUCAUUGGGAUCAUUCUCACAGUGUAUUCCGUUGGAUGCUUCUAUGUGGUAUCUCAAUAUCCGAGCAAGACUAGAGUCAUGGAUAAGGGUGGGAAGCAGCCAAUCUGGUAG